GAGAAAGCCCGGUGGAAUUCUUAGCCUCGCCUAGAUAAUAUUGUAAAUGAAGCCUUCCUUCUUUCUUAACCCUUGUGGCCUGCCAUGCGUCAUGUUCAUCCCUGUACGAGGGAGGGAGGUAAGUAAAGUUGAGUCGAGGAUGAAUUCAGUGUUUAUUAUUGCCCAGUUGAUAGGUAUGGAGUACGUGUGCGAGGCACUUUUUCCCUUGCAUCACGCGGGUGGUAAUUCAGUAAAAUGUCCGUAUCCGACCCUCUUGAGAACCGGAGAUUUAAGACCCCUGAUACCGCAGUACCUUACGGUAGACUGGUCUGGCCUAGUGCCAUGUCUUAAAUGGAGGAGGGCCGGGGAAAAGAAAGAAAGAAAAGGAAGGAAGAAAAGGAAGGAAGAAAAUAAUAAGACAGAAAGGAUUGAUCGACACUUCCCAGGUCCAUGCACACCUCGCAUCGGUUGCAUACGUACGCUUUGCUCAUGUAGGAACAGGACAAGACAGCAACUGCCCUCUUGGCAUCUUGCAGGUCAACCAUACUAUUUACCAACUAGUCUUGUGCCUCUUAUUUAUGGUUGAUGUUAAUUAUUUUUCCGGAUCGGCUGUACUCCGGAAGACGACCGAAAAUGAAUGAAAGGUGUGUAGAAGUGCUUAAAGGACGAGCCAUGCAGGGGUCAAAUCACGUUCUAUUGUGCGGUGGUGCCGAAGGGCUCGUCAUGAUCUUACGUCAGGUAUCGAUUGUGAGGGUUGGGAUGGAUGGAUGAUGCGUCUUUUGAUGGUUUGUUACGUGGACAAGCAGGAUCUAGCAGUAAUGGAGGCUUGUUAUCGGUUAAGUAUUGCCGUUGCUACAGUAUCUUUACUACAAACCAUCUCACCAACUUGUUUGUCGGUAAAACCCGUCAGCUGUUGUUGUUGUUGUUCUUCUUCGAAGUGGCGUGCCUGACGGCCAUGGAAGGCUAGACUGGUCGGAUGUACUGCCUCGUAUGACAAGCUUUGAAUGCGUGGCUGGGCAAGAACAGGACAGGAUAGGACAAGGCAUUCAUGCGGUGGCAGGCAUGCUUCGUGCGUUAAAACUUGAAUAGUCUCUUUGCC